AAAAUAAUUCCCAAAAAUAACACAUUGACACAUACAGACAAAAACCUAUACAUACACAUCUUCUUCUCCAAAAUUCCAUUUCUGAAAAUUCCACACGACACCAUGGCGAUCCGCCAUCUCCUCACACUCUCCCGCCACUCUCACCGUCCAAUCCGCUCUUACUCAACCGCUACAGCCACCGCACUCACCGGCGCGUCAGAGCCACGCGUCCCUCCAUCACCACCACACCCUAACGAAAUGAUCUACGACCGUAUCUCCGAGCAAGUGAAAUCAAAGCUCAAAAAGCUCGAAAACCCUAACCCUAAGUUCCUAAAACACAAUUCACCAUAUCCUGUAACAACCGAUCACACAUCGAUUCUCAAAUCACCUGAGACACGUGUCACCACGCUACCAAACGGUCUCCGUGUUGCCACGUCAGCUAACGGCGAGAAUAAGACGGCCACGGUUGGUGUUUGGAUCGAUUCCGGGGCGAGAUUUGAAGCUGAGGGAGCAAAUGGUGUGGCGAAUUUCGUCGAACAUUUGGCGAAAAAAGGGGUAAGGAGUAUUGGUGAAGAGAUUGAGAAUAUGGGAGGGUGUUUGGAUGGAAGUACAGGUAGAGAACAGACUAGUUUUUAUGUGAAGUGUAUGGGUAGUGAUGUGAACAAAGGGGUGGGUAUAUUGUCUGAAAUUUUGCAGAAUUCUAGACUCGAUGAUCGGGUUAUUGAUCAAGAGCGAUCCGAGAUUCUUCGCCAAAUCGGAAAGGCGAAUGAACAGAGCGAUGAUGUAAUCUUUAACCAUUUGCACGCUACUGCUUUCCAAUACACUCCUCUUGGUAGGACUGUUCUUGGACCUGCUGAAAACAUUAAGAAGAUAACAAAGAAGGAUAUCGAAGAUUAUGCUUCAACCAACUAUGCUGCUCACAGAGUGGUUAUCUCUGCCUCUGGAGCUGUUAAACAUGAGGAUGUUGUGGAGCAGGUGAAGAAAACAUUUACAAAAUUGUCAGCCAAUCCGAUGACUACAUCACAGUUAGUUGAAAAGGAGCCAGCCAUAUUCACUGGAUCGGAGAUCCGCAUGAGGGAUGACGACGCUCCUCUUGCACGUUUUGCUGUUGCAUUCAAUGGAGCAUCAUGGACUGAUCCUGACUCAUUGGCCUUGAUGGUUAUACAAGCUAUGCUUGGGACGUGGAACGCAUCCACAUUAGCGGGCAAGCAUUCGGGCUCACAGCUUGUGCAGAUGGCGGCAAUCAGUGAACUUGCUGAGACCAUGAUGGCUUUCAACAUGAACUAUAAAGACACAGGACUAUUUGGUGUGUAUGCUGUUGCUAAGGCGGAUUGUUUAGAUGAUUUGGCUUUUGCAAUCAUGCAAGAGAUGACUAAACUGUGUUACCGAGUUGGGGAUGACGAUGUUACUCGUGCUCUAAAUAAGCUGAAAUCUUCAUUGCUUCUCCAUCUGGAUGGAACAACUGCAACUGCUGAUGACAUUGGACGCCAGCUACUUUCUUAUGGCCGAAGAAUUCCAUUUGCUGAGUUAUUUGCUAGAAUAGAUGCUAUUAAUGCUGCCACCAUCAAACGUGUGGCCAACAGAUUCAUAUUUGAUCAGGACAUUGCAAUAGCAGCAUCUGGACCAGUGAAACUAUUGCCAGACUAUAAUUGGUUCCGUCGUAGGACUUACAUGCUCCGUUACUAGAAGCUUCAUUUUUCUUUCAUUCCUAUCUCUUAGAACCCCCCGAUGCAAGGCUUGUGGGUAAGAGAGAAUCAUAUGAUUUUGACAAAGCAUGGUUUAUUUCUGGCUGAGAAUAAAACUAGGGUUUUUUGUAUAGCCUCGCUCUCUCUGUAUAACUUGUAUACCAAAUUUACAACCGAGUGCAUGCAGUGUUUUUACUGCCACUUUAAACUGAACAUAAUUCACAAAUCGAUAAUUGGUUUGGCCGUGGUUUAGUUUUGCCACUUUUAACUGAGAAAUGAAGUUUACCUUUUUGGUUUUCUGCAUUA